ACAUUGUGACAGUCUUAAGGAUCAUUUUAUAUAUAUAAAAAAAAUUAUGCUUAGAGAUCUCACUCUGUGAAAUGGCACACGAUGUGAUGAAACUAACUGAGAGGUAAGACAUGGCAAGAUGAAGAAAAAUAGGGCCAAGUUUUAAGGAGUGUAUGAAAACAAGGGAAAAUAUCUUUUGAAUAUAUAUAUUGUAUAUAUUUAUUUGUUUCUGUGACUAAAGCUAUUGGUGAAAGUUUAAUUGUAACGUGCCACUAUUUAUAAGACCAAUAUUUUGGAAAUCUGUUUUGCAGAUCUAUAGUCAAUGUUUUGUGUACACUGACAUCAGUGAUCAAUUACAAUUUACAGUCAUGUAGGAUGCUUACAAUGGCACAAGUCCAUAUGUCCGAACAGCUACUGAAAGCAGAAAUAUGAGUCACAUCACUGCUGUAAGAAAAAAAAAAAAAAGUCAUUUCCGUUCAGUUUGUCUAUCUUCUCAGCUGCAUUGACAACCUCUUCACAGCCCCAACAGUGCGCUUGUUGGUUCACACCAAAGAACAUGUGUUGAUCAGAUAAAAUUUUCCAGCAAAGGUGGUUUUGAAGCUUUUCUUUAUCAAAAACACCUGCUAAUACUGAAUUUAAGUCCAUCAAAUCCUGGGAAUAACUUUAUUUUAUACGCCCAAGCUUCAGAAACGAUCAAAACGACAUCCUGUGAGCAUCUGAAAGGAUAUCCUUGGACGUAAGACAUGAAGGGGAAAUGACUACUUGUGGAAUAUCCUAUAAGUGGACAGAGGUCAUUAGAAUGUGCAGCACACGUUCAGGAAAUAUUUAAUGUAAUAAAGGGUGAACAUAAGGCACUCAUAAGGAAUGCAUUAAUGUGCUGAACGUUCACGGACACUGGAAUCACUCAAUCCUCCGGUUUGCAAUCUGUUAUUCACUGGCAGCCAGAGUUUCAACCUUCAGCUUGAUAAAGUUGUGAUGUUUCUUUCUUCUGUUUGCGAGUGGUGAAAUUGCUUCACUUUAACGCGCAUAAAGAGUCAGAACGCACACACAAAGAUGAACGGGAUGUCGGAAGUCUCGGUCAAGUGUGUGCUGGUGGGCGACACCGGAGUGGGGAAGACAGCUCUGCUGGUCCGCUUCACCUCGGAGACGUUCCCGGACUGUUACAAGCCGACCGUUUACGACAACCUGGGCGUGGAGGUCUUCAUGGACGGGGUUCACAUUAAUCUCGGGUUAUGGGACACGGCCGGGAGCGAAAGCUUCCGGCAGAUCCGGCCCAUGUCCUACCACCAGGCCGAUGUGGUGCUGAUCUGCUACUCGGUGGCUAACCCCGCCUCGUUCGCCAGCGUUCGCCGCCGGUGGAUCGGCGAAGUCAAGGACCACCUCCCCCGGGCGCCGGUGCUGGUCGUAGCGACGCAGACGGACCAGCGCGACGUGGGGCCGAACCAGGCCAACUGCUUGUCCUCCUCCGACGGGAAGCAGCUUGCUCACGACAUCCACGCCAAGGGCUACCUGGAGUGCUCGGCGCUAAGCAACCGGGGCGUGCAGCAGGUGUUCGAGUGCGCUGUGCGGACGGCCACCAACCAGGCCAAGCGAGGGAGGUCACGCAGGAGGGUCUUCAGCGUCAACCACUGCAAGAUAUUUUAAUGGGCUCUUCAAUCUCCUCAUUUGGUAAAGGAAUAUGUGUAUUGCACAAAAACUUAGUUGUUGUGGCUGACUUUGAGGACGCUUGGUUCAUAUAGGUUCAAAUCUGUGACUGCCGCAAGGCAUUCUCGCAUCGUUAGUCUGCCAUUGAAUGGACAUUUAGGUAUAAUAUUAUAUACUAUAAUAUUAUAGAAGUGUGCCCAAGCCAAGAAAAAAAGUUAAAUACAAUGGGACGCAAGGUAAUGUAGACUAUGUUAUAUAUCUAAAUUUCCUCAGGAAAGCAGGCAUUAAUUUCAAUAAUUAAUGCAAUAAUUAUUGCCUCAAUAAAGGCAAUCAUUUCAGGCAUUAUUUAAGCAUUUUGUCAGUGUAGUUUGAUAUGCUUGUUGGGUCAGCCGUUGGCUUGUUUCUGUUUGAUGAGUACUCUGCUCUAACAGGAAUUUACAGUACAGGAAGAGAACAACAGCACUACUGUGAAUAUGCUUAUAGUUUACCAUAAUAAAGCUAUUUCCCAUUUUAUGACCACAUUAUGUUGUCAUGUCUGCAUAUCUCUCAUACAUGCAUUAUUUGGAAAUAUUUCAGUUAGCUAAACUUAAGACUGAAGGCGAAACACCCUAGAGCAUCACCAAGGGACACACCCAGCAUCUGGUGAUGUCUAUGGGUCACAGACUUCAGGUAGUCAUUUAACGCAAAGGACGUGCAACCAAGUACUAAAUAUGACAUCUUUAUUUUGUUAAUUUGUCCCAUUACUUUUGCUCGCCUAAAAUGGGGGGACAAUGUAUGACAAAGCUGUAAUUUCUUCACGGAUCACCCAUUAUGGAUAUAAAACCCUCAAAUUAAAGCUUACAGUCAUUUUAACCUCACAUGCAUAUAUUUCAAUUCAUGUAUAAAAGGUGCUAUAAUUUGUUCAGGGUAAAACCAAAGUCUAUAAAAAUACCAUUAAAGUGAAGCUGACAAUGGGCACCAUGUGAAUUGGUUGAUUCCAAAUCUACAAUUGUGCAGUACAGAGUCAAAUCAAGAAAAAAAAAGUUUUCGCCCAAACUUUAUGGAGCUCGCUGUAUACCAUACAAUCACAUGCAGUUACUAAACACCGUUGUUUUGACUAUAAUCAACUUAGAUUUUAGCUGAAAACAAUCAGCCAUGCUGGUAUCUACAGUGUAGUAACUGGUAACUGUCCUCUGUUAAAAAGUAACUUUGCAAGGUUUGCUAUUGAAGAUUAUCACAAAUGCAUCAAAGGAGGAGCCACGUAUGAGUUAAAUAACUACAGUCCGAUUUCAAAACUUUCAGUCCUGGAAAAAAAUACUUGUUAAAUAUGCGGUUUCUGCUUAAACUUAUGUUAAUCUGGGUUUAGAACUGGCCACAGCACCAUUACAGCUUCGGUGGCAGUAACACAUAAUAAUGUAAAUGGCCUUGAAAAACAACAACAUAGCUGCCUUAUUUGCCAAUUUAUCCAAAGCAUUUGAGUCAUUAAACUAUGAUUUACUGAUAAAUCACAGGCUCAGAAGUACUAGGUUUAGCCUUGACAUCGUACAUCGUAGCUAAGAAAUUAUCUUACUGACAGAACUCAUUGUGUUUGUGUAGAAGGCCACAAGUCUAGGUUUCUAGAGAAUAGUAGGUGUUCCCCAAGGCUUCGUCUUGGAACUUGUCCUGCAUUAAAUGAUUUUAUUAAUGAUCUAGGCAAGGUCAUCCAAGCAAACAUUAAUUUAUCUGCAGAGGAUACUGUCAAUUAUGCAUGUAAACACACUGACCCAGACUGUUAGAGCUCUUUGUGCAGUUUCUGUUACAUGAUGCUCUGCUUAAUUUGAAAUUGAUUUUAACUGCUAAGAAAACGGUUCAAGGUUCUUUCUCAGUAGUCUGAUGGUUUUAGCAUUUUUAAACGUGAUUUUAAUCUAUUAAAAGGGUGAAUUCUAAAUAAAAGCAUGUUGUUAGAAAGAUUGUCAUCCAUCCAUAUACCCAACAAUCUUUCUAACAACAUGCUUUUAUUUAAAAUUUAACAAUGAAGCUAAAAGUGAAGCUUGGCUUUUACAUCAGAAAUAAAUCAUGUUUUACUUUUAAUGCCAAGGAGACAUUUCUUGAAACUACUUUUCUGUUUGUAUUAGACUAUGAUGCCAUUUUGUACAUGUAUGCAGCCUCCUGUAUCUUGGGAAAUCUCGAUGCAGUGUGUCCUGCAUCUUUGUAUUAAGGGUGCAAAGUCUCUCACUUACCAUUGUAUUUUGUAUAAAUUGGUGGGUUGGACAUUCUUACAUUGGUAUGUUUUUAUUUAUAAAGCAGUUUUAGGCAAACUGCCUGUUAAUCUCAGCACUCGCUUUUGUAAGAGUCCUGGGUACAAUCACGUACAAUCAUUUAAUUGGUUGCUUUACAUUGUUCUAUGGGCUUUUGCAACUCUGGGUCAAACUGACUUUUAUUUAUUAUGCCCUGUUGUCAUGGAACAAAUUGCAAAAAGAGCUCAAUUAAUCAAAGGCUGAAUUUAAAUGCACACACCCUUAGUAGCCUACACAUAUUUUAUUUGUGAUUUAUUUGCUGUAUGUUUUAUAUUUAUCAUAUAGUUUUAUAUGUAUGUAUUGUACCAUUUUAUAUUGACGCUGCGUUGACUGCUGUCUUGACCAGGUCUCCCUUGAAAAUGAGAUUUCGAAUCUUAAUGAGACUUCCUGGUAAAACAAAGGCUAAAUAUAAAUAAUUAAAUAAAUGAUAAUGCAUGCAUGGUACAGUGUUAUGACAGUGCCAUUUCCUUUGAAUCAGUUGAAUGAAACAGCAAGCAGAGCACAUCACUCAGUGGUCCAGUGUACACUUACCUUAGUGUUGAAGCUGAGCCAUUAAAACCACACUGCAUGUGCCAGAGUAACUGAUCUCUCAAUGUGUACUGUACUGUGCACAGAGUGAGCCAUGACCCAGUAUAAAACAAAACUAUUUUUGGUUAAUUUCAUAAUUACUUUCUCCCUAUGUCCACAUUCAGUGAGCUUUGGUGGUUUUAAAUGAAUUUUAUAAAGCAUGCAUUUAUACUUGUAUAGAAACACGCUAAACACAAAAUAAAUAAAAAAAAUUUAAAAAAUUG